CGGAUUGCAGCGACUCAUAAACUUACCUGGCUGGAAGGUUUCUGCGAACAAGAAGGCAGAACCUUCAUGGCGAGGCUGCACCAUUGCACUUCUGGUGCGGUUGACCCGUGUGGCAGUUCCGGAUCGGAAUUCGCCAACAGCAUAAUUUUUGCGUUUGGGGACAGCCAGAUCGCAGCGGCUCAUAAACUUACCUGGCUGGAAGGUUUCCGCGAUCAAGAAGGCGGAACCUUCAUGGUGAGGCUGUGCCAUUGCACUUUGGGUGCGGCUGACCCGUGUGGCAGUUCCGAGUUGGAAUUGGCCAACAGCAUAAUUUUUGCGUUUGGGGACAGCGUUCGCGCUACCCCGCUCUGGAACAAGUGGUCGUAUAUUGGGCUCCGUAUGCGUCGAGAAUGA